CAUGGUAGGACGGAGUAGAUUGUAGAGCUGGUAUCUACUUUCUGUUCUGUCGGACUGUUAAGAGUUUUUUUUUUAUAUAUAUAUAUAUAAAAAAAUGCUCUAUCAAGUGAUAUCGGAUGAGUGAAGCCUGGUGCUUUGACAGCUUUCAUGACACGCAGUUACUCUGAAGCUGGCAUUCAGACUGUUAAAGUGGAGCUCCGUUCAGUCAGACGAGCUUUUAUGUUUCUUUCAGUCGUCUGUGUUGAAAAUUAGAUUUUACUCAGUUCGGUGAGAGCCUAGUCGAUCACCAGAGGACUCGGACCAUGUACAAUACAGUGUGGAAUACGGAGAAAGAAGAUGACGACUGGAGAGACGUGAUGAUGCCCUAUUCCACUGAAUUAAUAUUUUACAUUGAGAUGGACCAGCCGCCAGCUCUUCCUCCCAAGCCAACAAAACCCAUGACACCAGUAAAUGGCAACGGUGUGAAAGAAGCCGCCAGCGGCUCAUUGCAAGAAGCAGAAUGGUACUGGGGAGACAUAUCAAGGGAAGAGGUGAACGACAAACUGAGAGACAUGCCCGAUGGUACUUUCCUGGUACGGGACGCCUCGACCAAGAUGCAGGGAGAUUACACACUAACGCUAAGGAAAGGUGGAAACAAUAAGCUAAUAAAGAUCUACCACCGGGAUGGGAAGUACGGUUUCUCAGACCCGCUCACGUUCAGCUCAGUGGUGGAGCUCAUCAGUCACUACAGGAACGAGUCACUGGCCCAGUACAACACCAAACUGGACGUAAAGCUCAUGUAUCCCGUCUCCCGCUACCAGCAGGAUCAGCUGGUGAAAGAGGACAACAUUGAUGCAGUGGGGAGGAAACUCCAGGAAUAUCACAAUCAAUAUCAGGAGAAGAGUAAAGAAUAUGACAGACUCUACGAGGAGCACACAAAAACCUCACAGGAGAUCCAGAUGAAACGUACUGCAAUAGAGGCCUUCAAUGAGACCAUUCAAAUUUUUGAAGAACAGUGUCACACGCAGGAACGCUACAGUAAAGAAUACAUCGAGCGAUUCCGCAGAGAGGGCAAUGACAAAGAGAUUGAAAGGAUCAUGAUGAACUACGAGAAGCUCAAAUCCCGUCUUGGCGAGAUUCAUGACAGUAAGACCCGGCUUGAACAGGACCUUAAAACACAGGCUCUGGACAACAGGGAGACGGACAAGAAAAUGAACAGCUUAAAGCCAGAUCUCAUUCAGCUCAGAAAGAUUAGAGAUCAGUACCUUGUCUGGCUCAAUCAUAAAGGUGUUCGACAGAAACGAAUAAACGAUUGGCUGGGGAUCAAAAACGAGAACACGGAUGACACCUACUUCGUCAGUGAGGAGGAUGAGAAUCUGCCACACUACGAUGAGAAGAGCUGGUUUGUGGGGGACCUAAACCGAACGCAGGCUGAGGACUUACUACACGGCAAACCCGAAGGAGCCUUCCUCAUCCGCGAGAGCAGCAAGAAGGGCUGUUACGCCUGCUCUGUUGUUGUGGACGGCGAGGUGAAGCACUGCGUCAUCUACAGCACACCCCGCGGCUACGGUUUCGCCGAGCCCUACAACUUGUACAGCACUCUGAAAAACUUGGUCCUGCACUAUCACCAGACCUCACUGGUCCAGCACAACGACUCGCUCAACGUGCGGCUGGCGUACCCAGUGUAUGCACAGAUGCCCUCAGGCCCUCGGAGAUGAAGACUCGCCCCCCC